GUAAUGUUUGCUCCUCACAGUCCUUUGUUCACAGACAUCUUGCCUCCGGAGUCAUUUUCCUUGUUUGGUUCUGCAGCAGCCAUUUUCCAUUCCCAUGGUAUAAACAUGGCCAAGACUUCGUUUUCACCUACAACCCAUGAUCUAUAAUGCUGAUUCUUUUGUUUGUUUCUUCUUGUUUCGAUUCUAACUUUCCUUCCUUUGAUUCAUUUGGGUUUGUGUUUUCCUUUUUCCUAUCAACGUUCUUUCCUUUUACCCCCUUAAAUUUCUGGGAUUGGUUUGCUCUCCAGUACUUGGUGCCUUAAGAAUCUCAACUUGGGUUUGGGGUUUCAAUCUGUGUUUUCUUCUUGGAAUGGUGUAAAUCCCCUUAGAUUCCAAGAUUUAGAGACCUUUUUCUCUCCAGAAAUAGAUGAGAAAAUGUGGGAAUGUUGAAGGUAAAACAGGGUUCUAAUCAGAAAGUGUUACGAUUGAGGUGACCAGGGUUGAUUGCUGCUUUGGUGUCUGAAGAAGAAAACUGAUUUCUUGAAUUCAAGAAGGGUUUAUCUCUGCAGAAAAUUAAAACCCAUUAAUGGCAUUCUUCUGCUUUUCAUUUUUGCUAGUUGGGUUUUUGUCCAAGUCUGUGCUUGUGGAUGGUCAGCUUGAUGAUCAAGCUACAUUGUUAGCCAUUAACAGUCACCUUGGUGGUGUACAAGGUUGGGGGGACAACAACACCGACUACUGCAAUUGGAAAGGCAUUAGUUGUGGCUUAAAUCAUUCCUUUGUUGAAGGACUUGAACUUCCUGGGCUUAUGCUUCGAGGUAAUGUCACUCUGAUCUCUAAGCUUAAUGCACUGAAACGGCUUGACCUCUCUUUUAAUGCCUUCAGUGGACCGAUUCCUUCAGCUUUUGGUGACUUGUCUGAGCUUGAGUUUCUUGAUUUGUCAUACAAUAAGUUUGGAGAUUCUAUUCCAGCUCAACUGGGUAGUCUUAUAAACCUUAAAUCAUUGAACUUGUCAAGCAACAUGCUCGUAGGAAAGAUAGCUGAUGAACUUAAGGGGCUAGAGAAGUUGCAGGACUUUCAAAUUUCUAGCAAUAAGUUAGCUGGUUCUAUUCCAGAUUGGGUGGGGAAGUUGACCAAUUUGAGAGUAUUCACGGCGUAUGAGAAUCAACUAAGUGGUAAGAUCCCCGAUGGUUUAGGUUUAGUUUCUGAACUUCAAUUGCUAAACCUUCAUUCUAACCAGCUUGAGGGGACCAUACCAGAGAGCAUUUUUGCCAUGGGAAAGCUGGAAACUUUGGUUCUGACUCAGAAUGGAUUGACUGGUGAUAUUCCGGAUGUAAUUGGAAACUGCAUGGGUCUUUCUAGCGUACGAAUUGGGAAUAACAAACUUGUUGGAGCUAUUCCCAAGGCAAUUGGAAACGUUAGUAGUCUCACCUACUUUGAAGCAGAUAAUAACAAUCUCUCUGGUGAGAUUGUCCCUGAGUUUUCUCAAUGUUCUAAUCUUAGCCUUCUAAAUUUAGCCUUUAAUGGGUUUACUGGUGUGGUUCCUUGGGAGCUUGGACAGCUAAUGAAUCUUCAAGAAUUGAUUCUAUCUGGGAACAGUCUGUAUGGAGAUAUUCCGAGCUCAAUUCUUGCAUGCAAGAGCCUUAACAAGCUUGAUUUAAGCAAUAACAGAUUCAAUGGCUCCAUACCAAAUGAAAUCUGCAACAUGUCAAGAUUGCAGUUUUUGCUGUUGGGUCAGAAUUCAAUAAAAGGGGAAAUACCUCAUGAGAUUGGAAAUUGUGUGAAACUGCUAGAACUGCAAUUAGGCAGCAACUACUUGACUGGAAGUAUCCCUCCUGAAAUUGGUCAUAUCCACAACCUACAGAUAGCCUUGAAUUUGAGCUCCAAUCAUCUCCAUGGCCAACUGCCUCCAGAGCUGGGUAAACUCGACAAGCUGGUUUCUCUGGAUGUAUCCAAUAACCAGCUAACCGGUAAUAUUCCACCUGCACUGAAGGGCAUGUUAAGCUUGAUAGAGAUUAAUUUCUCAAAUAAUCUGCUCAGUGGCCCAAUACCUACUUUUGUGCCAUUCCAGAAGAGUUCAAAUUCUAGCUUUCUUGGUAAUAAGAGGCUCUGUGGCGAGCCACUGAGCUCUCUAUGUUCAGGCUCUAAGGAUUCUGAGCAGGCAAACUACCACCGUAGGGUUUCCUACAAGACAAUAUUAACAGUUAUUGGCUCAGGCCUGGCAGUUUUUGUAUCAGUUACCAUAGUUGUUCUGCUUUUUAUGAUGAGGGAGAGUCAAGAAAAGGCAGCAAAAAGUGCUGGAGUUGAAGAAGAUGAAACCAAGAACCAGCCAACAAUAAUAGCAGGGACUGUCUUUGUUGAGAAUCUCCGACAGGCUAUAGAUCUUGAUGCUGUUGUUAAAUCCACUUUGAAGGAUUCAAAUAUGAUCAACAGUGGGACUUUCAGCACAGUUUACAAGGCUGUCAUGCCAUCAGGGUUGAUUCUAUCAGUGAAGAGACUGAAAUCCAUGGACAAAACUAUAAUCCAUCACCAGAACAAGAUGAUUAGAGAGCUCGAGAGACUGAGCAAGGUUUGUCAUGACAAUCUUAUACAACCAAUUGGGUAUGUUAUCUAUGACGACAUUGCUCUUUUGCUGCAUCAUUAUUUGCCCAAUGGCACUCUAGCUCAGCUUCUUCAUGAGUCUACAAAGCAGCCUGAAUACAAGCCUGACUGGCCUAGAAGACUAUCCAUUGCUAUUGGAGUGGCAGAGGGGCUGGCCUUCCUUCAUCAUGUGGCCAUUAUUCACCUUGACAUCUCCUCUAGUAAUGUGCUUUUAGAUGCUGACUUCAACCCUUUGGUUGGAGAGAUAGAAAUAUCAAAGCUCUUAGAUCCAUCUAGAGGUACUGCAAGUAUCAGUGCUGUUGCUGGUUCAUUUGGCUAUAUUGCCCCAGAAUAUGCAUAUACAAUGCAAGUAACUGUACCAGGAAAUGUAUAUAGCUAUGGGGUUGUUUUGCUUGAGAUUCUUACAACCCGACUACCAGUUGAAGAGGAAUUUGGAGAGGGAGUUGAUUUGGUGAAGUGGGUUCAUGGUGCUCCAGCUAGAGCAGAAACCCCAGAGCAGAUACUUGAUGCAAGGCUAAGCACAGUCUCCUUUGCUUGGAGGAGAGAGAUGCUUGCAGCUCUGAAGGUAGCAUUACUCUGUACCGACAGCACACCUGCCAAAAGACCCAAAAUGAAGAAGGUAGUGGAAAUGCUUCAAGAAAUAAAGCAAAACUGAUGGAUGGUGAUUAUUUGAAUUCUUUGCAAUCCAAACCAUUCGGCAAGGCUCUGGUGAAUGGAGACUUGAUUUUACAUUUUUCAACUUGUGAGGAGUCAGCCAUCUCUUCUUGGAUUCUGCUUGUUUUUCAUUGGAAGCAAUUAUGAGUGGGGAAGCUCUAUUCAUGUUAAAAGCAGACUUCACGGUGGAUGGUUCAUGGAGGACCCCCCCAAUUAGUAAGGAUUUAUCCUGAGUUCUGUUGCAUCGCUUAUUAUGUCUGCAACUGUAAUAUUCAAAGUUGUCUUUUUUCAUUUUCAAAUUUCUGUCACAUAUGUUGUCAGACACAACUGUCUUUCUCCAAUGUAGACUUCUAUACUUCUGAAUCAAAUCCAGUUCCCUAU